GAACAGCCACCUAAUAGCCUUACCCUUCAGCACAGAAAACAUUUUCUAGCGGAAUAAAGGAAACCGAAAGCGGGCUUGAACGGUGCCUCUCUAGACCAUGGCUACUUUCGCUGAAGCUGCCCGGCUUGAUACACUUUUUUGGGAGGAAUUGACUUGUUGCCUUUGCUUGGACCUUUUUAACAGCCCUGUAUUGAGUAUAAAAUGUUCCCACAGCUUCUGCAAAGAGUGCAUCUCUCAGCACUGCGAAAAAGUGGGGGCCAAGGCAACCUGCCCCACAUGCAGGAGUGAGCUUCCUCCAAAUGGUUUGGUAGGUAACAGAUCGCUUGCCAACAUAGUGGAAAUCGUUCAGCGAAUUAAGACCCCGGGAAUAUGUGAAAGCAGGCCCGGAAACUACUGUUUGAAUUCUUCCUGGAGGAAUGACCAAGAAGCCAGUAUAUCCCAGGAUCUCAAGCGCUUGGCUGGACUUCUUCCGUAUACUCUCAAGGAUGUGAUGAAAAUAAGUGAAGUCUCCAAACAGAUAGAGGUGGCUAUUGAGGCCAUUGACAGCUGUAGGAAGGACAGCGUUAAUAUGAAGGAUUGUGCGUCUCAUAGCAGAAGCUCAAUUAUAGAGGUGUUUGCUUUUAUGAAGAAAUACUUUAAUGACCAAGAGAAAAUGGUGCUGGAUGUUAUUGACCUAGCAUAUCCUGAAGUUGAACAAAAAACAGAAUUAAUGAAGGAACAACUCAGUGGAAGAAUUGACAUGCUUUUGGACUUGCAAAGUAACUCUGAAGAAGUCAUGAAGUGUGUCUCAUCCGAGCAAGAAGUUUAUGCUGGCAGCGAUAUUGGAGUGAAUGAAUUUUCCCUGGCUAUUCAAAAGUUUAGUAGAAUCAUAUUUGCCGUGGAGGAGUUCAAAAGACAGCUGGAAAAGGCAGUCUUGGGGAAUUACCCAGCACAGCUGCCAGAAGAACCAACUCCAGGAACAAGCAAUGGCAUCCAAAUGGAAAUGACAGAGGAUGUAAUCACCUCCUCUAGCAAUUCUUCACUGUGUCAAGGCCCACUUCAGGCUACUAACAGCAGUUCUUCAGCCAUAUCAUCUCCUAGAGGCAGUCCUCUUUGGGCACUUUCAAGUCCGUUUUCUCAGUGGGCCUCAGAUGUGACUUUAGAUCCUGAGAGGGUCAGCCGCAGACUGGAACUUUCAGAGGACAGGAAGACAGUGAUGGUACCCGAUUUCCUUCCGGAAUAUGAACCCUCUCGCUGGAGAUUCCGCAACUGCCAGGUGACGGGUUCCCAGAGUUUCUCUGAAGGGCACCAUUACUGGGAAGUAAGCACUCAGAACUCUACUGGAUGGGCCAUCGGUGUGGCCAGGAGGGAAAUUGGUCACUCUGAGAGACUAGGGAGGACAGACCUCUCCUGGUGCAUCGAGUGGUCAUCCAAUCAGCUCUCAGCAUGGCACAGGGAUCAGCAAACUCCCCUCACUGAACAGAAACCCCUGCUGGUUGGUGUUUUCCUCGACAUUCCAAACAACUCCCUAUCUUUUUACUGUCUCCCCAACAAGGAAACUUGCUUACAUCAGUUUCAAAUCAAUGUGACCCAUCCUGUUUAUCCUGCCUUUUGGAUCUAUGGUAUGCGUGUUGGUGAUUACUUAACUGUAAACAGUAUCACAAAGCAUUAAGGCAUGACUCCUCCUAAUCCAGUAUAUUUUCUUCCUACCAGUUUCUCCCAAUGAAUCCUUGGACUUGGAAUUUGGUUAGGGUCUUCUAUGUCAGGGAAGUGAAAUAUGCCUUUCUUCCCUGCACCAAACCCCAGCUCCUUGAAAGGGCAUGACUUAAGAUUAAGCCCAUCAAGCCAAGCGUUUCCUGGACAGAGGACAGAAAAUGUAUGGCUACUGAAAGGGCUCACAAGGUAACAUAAGAAGAGCCCUGCUGGAGCAGACGAAGGGUCCCUCUGGCCCAGCACUCUGUUCACUCUGUGGCCAGCUGGCUGCCCACGGGAUCCCACAUGCAGGAGGAGCACCCUCCUGCCCAUGUUCCCCAGCAACCAGUGUCCACUGUCUCUGAGUCUGGAUGGAGCCAUCAGCACUAGUGCCCACUGAUAGCCUUCCCCUUCAUGGAGCUUAUCCAUUCUGGGUCACUGGAUGUGAUGCAGAGUCUGGCUCAGCACUGCUUUUAGAACUAAAUUGCCUGCAUGAUUUUUGUCUCUGCAGCAUCUUCAGGGCCAGCUUAGUGGAUUUUUCUGAGUCUCAGUGUAAAUAGUACACUGACAGAAAACAGGCAGAACAUUCUCGGGGAUUUGUUUACACCAAGUUUAUACAUUAACAUAGUUCAUAAAAUACAAAUUUUAAACCUUAAAGCAGCGGUCCUCAAACUUUUUCAACAGGGGGCCAGUUGAAAGCUGGCGGCGGUGGGCGUGGGCUGAUGAGGCGAUGGCAGCGGCGAGCGUGCAUGUGCUCGGUGAGGCAGUGGUUUCCUCGCUUGGAGAUCUCCGAGUGAGUCCAAAACGAUCUCCGCGAGCAUGUCAAGGCGGGUGGCGGCAGUGGGUGCAGGGAAUGCAAAACCUCUGAGGCAGGCCGGAUAAAUGGGCAUAGCGGGCUGGAUCCGGCCUGCGGGCCGUAGUUUGAGGACCCAUGUCUUAAUGCAUAUUUAAAUUCUUGGCCAAUACAUGAAUCUUAACCAGUGGUAAACAUUCAUCAGUUUUCUGAAAAGAUGUUACAAGACUGCUUUCUUUCUUCUGUUUGCCUGUGACAGGUUAUUUAGCAAGCACAACAAAGUCAUGUAGUUUUCCUAUUCUAUAUUAUACCAUCUAUAAGAAAAAUACAAUUCUCAGAAUCGGGGCUGGGGGCAGCCAGUUGGUAUUCAAGUCAUUAAACUUGUUCAAAGAACUAGAGUUUCAAUCUGCUGCAAAACACAGGGGUGAGGAAGCCGCUGCCCUCCAGUGCAUCCCAGGAUAUACCUCUUGGUGCCCUCCCACCUAAAAAAGCACAUUUUCUUACCAGUUCCUGGAACUGAAAUAGGAUCCCACCAGUGUUUAGUACAUUGUGGCUCAGACCUCAUCCCUGCCAUGUACUCUGCACUUUACUUGUCCAUUGCCACAUCUCCCAUGGAAGCCAUUUUGUGAUAGUGCCCAGAGCGCUCUUUCCAAUUGCCAAAUGUGCCCAUAGCCCAAGAAGGUCGCCCUGUCCCUGACCUAAGGGGAGAGAGGAUGUAUAUUUGGGAACUGCACUCCCAUAAAUUUGCAAGCCAGUAAGCUCUCAGUGUUUCAUGUCAUGAGGUAAGAGACCUACUCUCCUUUAUGGCUAAAAUACAAUAAUGGAUAUAAAAUGGUAAUAACUUCCCAUGCCCUUACACUUGCUUCUCUUGGUUAGAAAGAAAAGUAUUUUAUGCAGAUUUUGUUGUAGGGAACCAAGCAUAUAAUACAAAAAAGGUAGUAAGCAUCAGGACCAAUGGAUACAAGACAUAGGCCUUAAACGUUAUCAGGGAAAAGAUUCCAGAGAAACUUUAUUUCUUUAGAAAAACCUAAGUAGAGAAACACAUGGAUAAACUGGGUUAACUUACAUUAGAUACUUACCAAAUACAUGUGCUAUGCAUUAGUUUUUAUGCUUAUCUCUAGGAAGUUUUAAAAAUAAUUAUCUCUGUUGUUUUAUUCCAAGAGCUAGCUUAUAGGUUGGCAGCAAGCAACAAAUGGGGAAAAUCAAGUAAUAAAUAAGAGCAAAAGUACCAAAUUCCUGGGAUUGACCUCAGAUGCAGUCCUGUAUUCAGUCUUAUUGUUUCUAUAUAAAGCAAGCCAGCAGGAGCUCUGAAAACUCACAGGAGUUCUAAAGAGAUUAUAAGUUUAGAAUGAAGAAAUGAAGGAACAUUCAUGGUUUUGCUUAAUUUACAUAAUGUGUACCCUGCAUUUUCUGCCAUAAGAUACUUCAAAGCAGGCAACUUGGAAAUAAAAUUGUGCAACACACAUACAAAAUAUGUAUCAUUAAAUCUAUCAAAAAAACUACUUUAUUUUUAU